GGUUAGCCAAGCGGAACAAUACAGGGGAAGCUGUUUAACCAUUUUGUAUUUAUUCUGCGUAGUCCCUCCGACUAAACUGAAACCGGCCACAGAAGGAUAGAAACAAUUGUUAAGAGAGUCAGCCUGUAGAGAGGGACUGAGGUAAAGCUGGAGGCUCUAGAGAAAACUUUAUGACAGACACAAACAUCCGCCAUUCCUAGUCAGAAGUUUCUUACAGUACAGGCGUGAGACCAGUCAUGCUUCCAGUGUGAGUUCUCUGGAGAUUGUAUGGGCCCUGCAAUGGCAGUUUUGGCAGGUGUGAAGCCUGGGAACGGACAACGGACAGGUGAAGGGAGGCUGUCCUGGCCAGUUUUCCUGCUGACACUAGCUGCUGUCACCUCCUCCUCUCUUUCAGCUUUGUCCCUGUACCAACUGAUGGGUCUCCGAGCUGAGGUAGAGAGAUUCAAAUUAGAGGUCUGUCGCAGGAGAGAAGAGGGACAAGAGGUCAAGCAUGGAGGCCAGACUGAGAAUAUCAGUAGCAGGGGAAGCAGCCAAGAGCCCAUCCGCCAACCCGAAACUCAAAAUGCUUUUGGCCUUACAAGGAGGAGGAGAAUGGUGGCUACAACAGAGACACCAGUUUCGCAGCCUUUCCUGCAGCUGUUGGCAAACAACAGCAGAAAAACCUUCAGGAAAGACUUUGACUUGGAGCCUUACACAGGUAUCCCCUGGCAGACUGGACUGAGAAGGGGCAAUGCCUUGGGGGCUGAGGGAGACAGCAUCACAGUCAGAGAGGAGGGCUUCUUCUUUGUGUACAGUCAGGUCUAUUACAUGGACAGCACCUUUGCAAUGGGUCACGUGGUGAUUCGGAGGAAGAGGAACGUGGUAGGAGAUGAGCCUCAGUGUGUAGUCCUGUUCCGCUGCAUCCAGAGCAUGAACCCCAUCUACCCUUUCAACACCUGCUACACAGGAGGUAUUGUGAAGCUGGAGGUUGGGGACCAGCUGGAGCUUCUGAUCCCCCGCUCCACAGCCAACGUGUCUCUGGAUGGAGACUCCACCUUCCUGGGUGCUUUCAAACUGGUUUAAAGUGUGUCACCUCACUUUGGACCCAAGAGAUGCUGUUGUCAUGGGAAAGAGGUGCCAUAUUGGGGACAGAGGGAGAAACAAAGCACAUUUCUGCUGACCUUGCCUGACUUUGGUCGUUUGAGAGAAGAAUACAGGAAGCAGCCAUUUCUGCACUGGCUGAAUGACAGACUGUGUGACUACUUGCAAGUUCAGCCUAAGCAGACAUGAGGGGGACUAUGAGUUGAUGGCAUUGUCUUACUUUUAAUAUACACUUUUUAUGUGCACCUCGUAGCUACAGCUUUAUUUUGUUCAUAUCUACCACACACCAAGACAAAAUAUUGUAAAUUGCCAGAAUCAGAUACUUUGUCUUCAAGUAAUCACAAACACAUAGCAUAGUUUGACUUGUAGGAGGUGUGUUACUCGUGUGAAAUCAUUCUUAUAUUCUUAAAUGCACUGAUGGAUACCUACUGUAGCAGCAGCAUCACUAUACCACUGACACAAUUCCCCUUAUAUGCUUCUUCUUUUAUAUAUGCCCACUAUACUCUGACAGAACAGCCUCGUUAUCUUCUAAAUGGCACAAUCUGAUUUAAGUUUACCUGUAUAUGUCUAAAAGAUAUGCAAAAUCUGAAACAAUAAAGUGACAGUUCUUGCUCAAGAGAUGA